AUGUUCAAAUCGGGCCCAAAAGCAUUCGCCCUGAUCCUCGUGUUGGCCGUUUUGGCUCCGGUGAUUCAGACCAAGACCGUGUACGUCCGCGUCGAGGGAAUUGUUCCGGUCGAGGAUAGCAAUAUCGAGAAUCCGACUAUUCCACCCCGGAAUGAGGAUGAGAGCUCGUCGUCUCCGGAGGCAACGACCGCGGCUCCCGGUACUGUGCCGCCCGUGAGCACUGCUGCUCCGGAAACUACCCCAGGGGCAGGAACUGCUGCUCCUGCUUCUACGGCUGAGCCUGGAACUGCUGCUCCUGCUUCCACUGCUGAACCUGGUACCGCUGCUCCUGCUUCUACUGCUGAACCUGGUACCGCUGCUCCUGCUUCUACGGCUGAGCCUGGUACCGCUGCACCUGCUUCCACCGCUGAGCCUGGCACCGCUGCACCUGCUUCCACCGCUGAGCCUGGCACCGCUGCUCCUGCUUCAACCGCUGAGCCUGGUACUCCUGCCCCUGGAACUACUGCUGCUCCUGGAACUCCCGCCCCUGGAACUACUGCUGCUCCUGGAACUCCCGCCCCUGGAACUACUGCUGCUCCUGGAACUCCAGCCCCUGGAUCUACCGCUGAACCCGGAAGCACCGCUGAGCCCGGAAGCACCGCUGAACCCACAAGGGAACCAGUAACCACUGCAGAACCUAUAAAUACCACCACCGAUGACGACUGGGAAGCUUCGUGCCCCACCACCGGAUUCUUCCCGGAGGACAACAACUGCUCAAUGUUCGUCCUUUGCACUUAUUACCCGGAGAACGUCCUGACCGGUUUCCGCUUCAAGUGUCCCGGAGAAAUGCAGUUUGAUCCAGUUAACGAGUAUUGUUCUAUUGAUUACGAUUGUAAUGGAACUAGUUCGUCUGCGGGAGCUACCGAAACCACUGAAGCCUCUACUGAUACCACUGACGACACCACGGAUACCACCAAGACCGAGGAAACUACCAAGGCCCCGGAGACUACCAAGGCUCCAGAUACCACCAAGGCCCCGGAAAGUACCGUGGAUACUACCAAGGCUGUGGAUACUACCAAGGCCCCGGAGAGUACUAUAGAUACUACUAAGGCCGCGGAUACUACCAAGGCCCCGGAGAGUACUAUAGAUACUACCAAGGCCGCGGAUACUACCAAGGCCCCGGAGAGUACUAUAGAUACUACCAAGGCCGCGGAUACUACCAAGGCCCCGGAGAGUACUAUAGAUACUACCAAGGCCGCGGAUACUACCAAGGCCCCAGAAACCACGGCGAAGCCCGAGGAGACCACCGAAAAGGAUUCUACCACCAAAGCUCCCGAAUCCAGUGCUUAAGAUUUUUUUUUUAACAAAAAAAAUCAAUUCAAAAUCAUAAAAAAAAAUCCCCAAAAAAAUUA